UCAUUUCAUUCAGAAGAGUUUGCACUUUAGCAGCGAACGGUUGCGUGUUUGCUCCGCGAGUUUCCGCGUUGAACGACAGGCAAAUCAGUGUAAUUUUUUUUGGGUUGUGUUUUUUCAUCUCUGUGAAUGGCCGUGGUGUAGUGCACUAUCAGGAUAGAGAAUACUAGAUAAAAACCUAAAAUUCAGUGAUCUAAAUCUUGUCACAUCAUUGUAAACUGAAAAAAAAAAACAAUUUCCCUCUGGCAUUAGAUGGGUGAUGUCUGUGGAACCCAACGCGUUACGUAUAUGAUAAGCUAAAUUGAAAACGCGAAUGGUGUGAAGUGGAAUCCAACAAUUUGCAUGCAGUUUCGACACUCAUCAAAGCAAGUGUCGCGUUUCAUUAAGUCGUCCUUAUGCACUUGUAAGGAUCUAAGCAGUCAGCCACAAAGGAAGUGGAAAAUUUCUGUCCAGUUAAAGAAAUGAAUUAAGGAAGAGUUAGUUGCAAAUAGCAGGGCAGAAAGAAGGGAGGAAAAAACGUCAAGUGAUGCGAAAAGAAAUUCCUGUGCUCUAGUAAAAGAGCCACACCGCACGUAGUAGGCUUUUCUCUCCGUCUCUCUUUCUCUCUCCGAAUUCGGCAGGUUGUGUCGUUAUUUUUGCCGUCUGGAUAAAUAGGUGUGCGUGUGUAACCAAAGCCCAACAUGCCUGAUUGUGGCAAUGUAGGCGUUUUUUAGGUGGUGCAACUUAUCCAACCUGCGCUAUAUUAUUGUUGUGUGUGGUGUGUUUGUAAACUCCUCUAGCAUCUAACAGCGCUCUCCGAAUGGCACACAGUGGCUGCCCGAGAUAAGCGACUGCGACUUCCCUGGGAGUCUCCUUCCUACGUUCCAUUCAGUCGUGCAGUGGAAUUUCGGAGUGAAUCAAGAAUAUAAUUACACACAACCUGUUCCCAAGUGGUUUGCCGGUGCUGUGGUUGCGUGGUGGCGACACCAAUCUACGUGAGGUGUGCGAUACCCGCUCGUGGUGCGCCAAAUUAUUACGAGCUUUUUGGCAGAAUACAUCGUCUAGUAGUUACUUCUGUGUCACGGUGCUGGUUGAAGAAACCGCGAGAAAAAAAUAGGAGCUUCUGCUAGGUGAACUAGUGGGAAGAGAGAGAGCAAUACAAGAUGCGGAAAUAAAUAGCGGGAAGCAGGAGCUGCCGAAAAGAGAGUGAAUACUACUAUCGCAUCCUUGCGCUCCUCAAUUUCGCAUAUGAAAUUCUCUCCCGCAUCCUGUUACAUAGACUGAGGCCGCUGCAGGAGGCCUUUGUUGGUGAACACCAGUGCAGUUCUCGAGCGGGACGAUCUACAACGGACCGGAUGUUAACUUUAAAACAGAUACAACAACAAGUUUCGAGAACACGGUUGUACUUGCAAACACAUCAUCUGUUUACAAACUUCAAUAUGACGUACGAUUCAGUGAAAUACAACGAGUUGUGACUGAUUAUGCUUGAACAAAGUUUCUCGACACUUGAACUUAGUUUUGGACGCGUUUGUGACGAUGAAUCGCGUGAAGCAAGACGAUCGGCACUCGAACUUGCUGCUAUACUGGCAGCUUUGCGGACAACGACAUCGAUAUCAUCAGUGUUAAUCGUAGAGUAGACCUUUACGGCUCUCAAAAGGAAACCUGCAAGAAUUGAACUUACGGAAUUUGCGCUCUACAGUACGCUGAUCCUCCCGGUGGCGCUCUACGGACAUGAAUCGUGGACGUGGAAGGUUUCGAGCGUAGGUUCCUGCGAUCAACAUUCGGUGGCAAACAAGAAAAUGGUGUGUGGCACAGGCGCAUGAAUCACGGCUGAUGUUGUCAAGCUGAUGAACCACGAUAAACAUGGAAAUGGAACCACGUGUGGCAAUGCUGCAGGAUCUUAAGGUUCAAUCGUUCGACUCGAUUCGUUUUGCUUCGUAUCGAACAGCGUGCAAGCUGCGCUAUGUUCAGAAAUCCACCAACCUGCACCUGGUGGACAUCUGGAACGUGAUCGAAGCGUUCCGCGAGAACGGUCUGAACACACUGGAGCCCCAGAACGAGGUCAGUGUGAGCCGGCUGGAGACGCUGGUUUCCUCGCUGUACCACAACCUGAACAAACGUCUUCCCCCAACGCAACAAGUUCCUGUCGAUUCCAAAGCUAGUCUGCUGCUGAAUUGGUUGCUGGCGGCCUACUCGGGCGACAACUCCGGCAAGAUCCGGGUGUUCUCGAUUAAGGUUGCGCUGGCCAUUAUGUGUGCCGGUAAAAUGGUCGACAAACUAAGAUAUAUUUUCUCACAAAUCUCCGACGGUGCAGGUCAGCUGAUUCAUUGGAAACUGGGGGAUUUUUUGCGGGAAGUACUGGCCCUGCCGGCAGCCGUGUUCGAGUCACCAACAUUCUACUACAAGGAAGGAUUGGAGAGUGAAAUUUUUCCGGUGGAAAAUAAGAUCACGGUUAACGAUUUUAUGACCGCGUUCAUGUCCGAACCUGGUCCCGCUUGCUUGGUUUGGCUUCCGCUGCUUCAUCGGCUGGCUACCGUCGAAACCGUUGUACACCCGACCAUUUGUUCCGUUUGUCUGAGGGAAAACUUUACCGGCUUCCGUUACCGAUGUCAACGGUGUCAUGCCUAUCAACUUUGUCAGGACUGCUUCUGGCAGGGAAGAGUUUCUCUGAAUCACCAAAACGAUCACGAAGUGAAGGAAUACUCCAGCUAUAAAAGUCCAAGCAAACAGAUUGGCCACUCACUACGAAAAAGCUUCCGAUGCGUGCCGGAAAAACCGAACCAGGUGCUCCCUCGGUUUCCGGAGCAGCCGGAAAAGACACUAAAUUUAUCGCACAUCGUUCCGCCUUCGCCAUUACCAUCGCAUAACGGUUUCUCCGAUGGAGGCAUGAUACCGGGCAUGUACGAUCGAAGCAGUACACUGGACUCGAGGGGAACUGGACUUUCUCUGGACAGCAAUGGCACUUCACUCACCCGGGGAGGAGCAAACUCGAACGACGAAGAGCACCGGCUGAUCGCUCGGUAUGCCGCAAGACUUGCCCAGGAAAGUCGAACGCCCGGAAGUUCCGCGCCCGAUCCGGUGCAGAUCGGGCUGGAUAGCUCCCGUGCCCAGCGAGAGCUGAUCAUGCAGCUGGAGUCAAAAAACAAAGAAAUCAUGCGUGAGAUUCAGAAACUCCGCCGACAGCAGGAAGCUGAACAGGUGGCGCCCGAGAGUCCUGCCCUGAUGAACGAGCUGCGUGCACUGCGACAGCGAAAAGGUGAACUGGAGGGUCAUCUGGGAGCCCUGCAGGAUUCGCGUCGGCAGCUGAUGGCUCAACUGGAGGGCCUGAUGCGAAUGCUGAAGAACCACCAGACGCAAAGUCCCCGCUCAACACCGAAUUCUAGUCCGCGGUCGGGUAAAAGUCCACCGCUACCGCAAGGCCCCCAAGUGCCCAACUCCUCGCGGGGUCCUCUGCCACCGAACGUUCCCGUUCAUUUCCAGCAAAGUCUGCUGCAACAACAGCAGCAGCAGCAGCAACAACAGCAACUCAUGCUCAACAGUCAUCAUCAGGAACCACCGAACGGAAUGGGCCAUCCACAUCCGUUGGACAUGCAAAAUUACGCCCCCAAUGGAAACAAUAAUGGAUCUAAUAGCCUGGCCCGAGUUGCGGCCGGUGCCUCCGGGCGGAACGAUUUGCACUACGCGGCCGAUUCCGUUUCGUCGGCAAUGUCCUCGCUAGUGCGUGAACUGAACUCAGAAGGAUCGGACGAAGAGUAUGACAUGCGUUACCAUGUCAGACAGCAGUUAGAUUUCGACGAGAUGCAAAUGGCCGGUCACGAAUGGAGCGACAAGGAUAACGCUCAAUGGCAGGAACAAUUUGCCCAGUGGAGUCUCAACCCGCAGAAUCAGUAAGGGAGAGCCCUACCGGCUUCAGUCAUUUUCAAUAGCCGACAAAUUUUAGCUUAGAAAAGCUUAUCAAUCGUAUCAAUAUGAACACAAACAGACUCAUGCUAAAUCAAAUAUAAUCGCUAGCUGAAACAAACAAAACAAUGUCAUCGCUUUGACAGUGGACUGACUCCACGAUCGGACCUUCUGUUAUAAUUUUCUAUACUAACGCGCGACUUUUUCUGAUUAAGUUAUUACAUUGUGAUCUCUACCUUAACCUGCUAAGCAUGCUCGAUAGUUUACGACGUCAGAUGACUUCAAACGUAACGAUUCCAUUCCAGCUUAAAAUGUGACUUAACUAAUACUGAGAGUAGCUACGGCGUUUAUCUCAAAGAUAAUAUCGAUUUAGGUUUAUGUUUAGGCUUCGCUAUUGGUUACUUAUUCAAUUACGAACUUCUUUUCGGUGUACAAUAAAGAAUGUAUAUUAAAAGCUAUCGAUUUUAUUUUAGUAAGUAAUUCAUCCUCGCCAGGCUAAUUUUUUAUACGGAAAAUACAAAGUACUGUUAUGUUUCUGUUUUGUUUUUGAAUUUUCUUUGCAUAAAAUACUAUUCGGAAUAGUCAUCGUCAUAUCCAUAACUAAACUCUACUAAAGUGCGAACAAAUACAACGCACAGAUGUACAAACUAAGUCCCAACUAUUCUAAGCAGCAUGGACACUUGAAAAAAAAAACACUUCUCUAUUUCAUCAUAGGAGAUUAGCUUCCGAGCAAUUAUUUAUCACAAUCCUUCUAGAGUUUGUAUAUUCACAGUAAUUAAAAAUAUUUUCGAUCUACACUGCAAUUGCAAAAAAACAGUAUGAUUAGGGUUAGAAUUAGAGACGAUUUUAACGUGCGCAUGUGUGUUAUAAAACCAUUGUUAGGCCCUUAUCGAUGGAGAGACCAGUUUUUCAAAAAAAACUAUAAUCACGUUUAGUAAAAAGCAAAAUUUAUCGUAACUAAAAAUUAUUAUUGGAAACUAUCUAUCAUACAAAAAAAAAAAGUUUGGCAAGAAAUAAUGACUAAAAUCGAGAACAGAUUAACCUCUCCGUAAAAGCAGCUCAAGCGAAAUCCUUUUGUUGUGCGAAUAGGUGCAAUAUAACAUUCCGGAACAACAGAACCACAAAAUGUAUCCCGUGAGUGGUGCCGUAGUAGGCUAGGAACAACGAUAAAAUGACGAACGGUAGCCCGUAACACACGAAUCGCUAAGUAGACAGAAUGUACCCUAGAAGCCGUCAUCCGUGUUUAACGUGAUUUUACACACACUCACACAGCGACCAGGUAAAUUCCAACUCACAAAAUAAACAAGCGCAUUUAUUCGUACACAUGUAAUCGAGUUUCAAAUUUGUGAUAAAUGUUACGGUGAACAUUUGAAUAUAAAUAUCAAUAACACAUGUGACUAAUGGCUGCGGUGACAAGGUUUGCACCAAAGAAAACAUAAAAUAAAAUAAUAUCUACCUGAGCAGCGGCAGGAGGGCGGAACUCAACAAUUAUUAGUAUCAUCGAGACGUACAGAUAGGCAAAAUGAUGUCGAACAAUAAUACAAUUAACACAAUUUAUGAGAAGAAGAAAACGAAAAGCUAAUGCUGCUAAUAAUGAGUUACGAUAUGAGCAAACACAAGAUAUCCUUAACCUGAACAACAGCAACAACAAAGCAAGAAAAAAACGGCAUGUAUUCGAGACGAAAGAAAAGUAUUAAAACAGAUAAAUCAAAUAUUGAACUAACCUAAAACUA